AUGAAUUUAUUAAUACGAACACUCGUCUCUCGACAAUCUCCUCUAUUAAUUUGUCGUCGUCAAUUAGCUACAGAAAAGCAUCGUCGAGCAUUUCGUUCAUCUGAUAUAAUGGAUAAACUACGUUCUUCGAUGCCUUCAUCUCCUCGUACGAAUAAUCAACGUUCAUUUGGUCCUAUUAAUGAAAGAAAUGUUAUUCUUGGAAUAAUUGCUGCUAAUGGAUUGGUUUUUGCAACAUGGAAAUUUUCCUAUGCAAAUCUUCGAUCGAACCAAGAUCAACGUCUUUUAUGGUUUAUGACAAAAAAUUUUAUGGUAUCUUGGGAUGGUGUAGUUCGAGAUAAACGUAUAUGGACUCUUCUUACUUCGGCAUUCAGUCAUUUUGAUUUAACACAUUUUUUGAUUAAUAAUCUUGUUUUAUAUAGUUUUGGUCCACUUGUUCUAAAUUAUAUUGGUUUAAAAGCAUUUUUUGAAUUAUUUAUUUACAGCGCAGUUGGAUGUUCACUUGCUCAUAUUUUGUAUCAGAAAUUUUAUGAUCGAAAACCUAGUUUACCAGCUGUUGGAGCAUCAGGUGUAACAAUGGGUAUGACAAUGCUCUAUGCAUUUAUUCGUCCAUUCGAUUCUGUUCUUCUAUUUUUUAUUAUACCAAUGCCAGUAAUUGUUGCCGUAGGAGCAUUUGUUGCGUAUGAUCUUUAUCGAGCUGUAACACAUCGACAAGGAAAUAUUGGAUCAGCAGGACAUCUUGGCGGUGCGCUUGCUGGUACUUUAUAUUAUUUAUUAAAAAUUCGUGGACGAUUCUAA